AUGAGCCGCACCUACUUUGGAAACACCAGUGGCGCCCGUGAUGCUACCCCGGUUGCCAAUGCCACUGGAACCGCCGGUGACGAUGACACCGCCGAUUAUUUUGUCCCACCCGUCGAUAUCUUUGUCGACGACAAUCGAGGCGGUUGGAUUUUGCACGUCGCGUUGCCCGGUGCCAACAAGGAGGACAUCGACGUCCAGUGGGAUGCUGACCGUGGCGUGCUAACCAUUGCCGGCGUCGUCGUCCGCCCCGGCAACGAGGCCUUUUUGGAAGGUCUGAUCAACGCGGAGCGCCAUGUCGGCCUGUUCCAGCGCGAGGUGAAUCUGCCGCCCUUUGGCAAUCAGACGACCUCGGACAACAGCGAUGCGCCCACCAAGCAGGAGGUUGAUGCUGCAGGCAUCACGGCACGCAUGGAGAACGGCGUGCUGAUUGUCGUUGUGCCGACGGUCGACAAGGAGUGGACCGAGGUGCAGAAGGUGGACAUUGCGUAG